UAUACUGUAAAAAAGAAGUGCAAGGUUGAUGGAAACGUCAGUUAAAGUUGACACGGCGAAAAAAAUUUGCAUGCCAGGCCGAGAAAGUUCAAAGGCUCGAAGAUCUCAUGACGCAACAGCCCUCAAACUCAUGCACACCCUAGCCGUCUUGCAGGUGAUCUGUUGGGUCACAGGACUUUGUACGAGUUCACCGGAUGCCGAUGAUGAGAAAACAAAGGCAAAGGCGCCUCCCUCUCCGCGAGUCCUUCAGGCUCGACCACAUCGCCGUCACGGCACCACAACCAACUGCCCCUCCCUAUAAACCUUUUUACUCUUCGCUUCAGUCUCCGUCCGCCAGCACCAGUGGCCACCACCACUACCGCGACCCCGCGCCUUGCCCACACCCGGCCACGCUUCUGCCGCAGCGGGCGGGGCCGCCGAUAUAAUGGACCUCGACGCCGACAUGAUCCCCACCUCCCCCUCCGCCGACUCCUCGCCCUCCUCCUCCGACCUCGACACCGAGUCGACGGGGUCCUUCUUCCAUGACCGGAGCACGACGCUGGGGACGCUGAUGGGCGUGUCGGCGUUCGGCGGCGGCGCGCAGCAGCGUCGCGCGGCGAGGGUGCCGGCGGCGGGAGAGGAGACAGCUGAAGGAGCGCAGCGCGCGCCGCAGGAGGAGGAGAGGCGCGGCGGCGGGGUGUGGCGGAGGAGGCGGCGUCGCCGGCGCCGGCGCGGGCGCAGCCUGGGUGGGAGCUGGUGGCGGCUGUGCCGGGACCACGGCGACGGCGGCGGGCCGCCGACGUCGCUAGGCGAGUUCCUGGACAUGGAGCGGCAGCUCGCGGGGGCCGACUUCCUCUGCGACGGCACGGGCGCCUCGGGGCGGGAGGCCGCUGCCGCCGCCGCGGCGGCGUCCGUGGCGGCCACCGCGCUGUUCGAGGACGGCAGGGUGCGGCCCCCGCAGCCGGCGGCGGCCACCUCCGCGGCUGAGGAGAGGGGGAGGUGGCGGCUUCUGCGGGCGUCAGAAGGCUCGUCCUCGUCGUCGCUGGCGCGGCUGCCGGUGCUGCUCACCGGCAUCUGCAGCGGCGGCGCGGGGUGACAUUACAAACAACCGAAAGCAAAAACCAAUGGUGCUCGCCAAAUUGCAAUUAAGUGGCGUUGGAGGGGCGUCCAUGUGACAGUGGAGUGGAUCCUUACGCUCUCCUUUAAUCAAAUCCUCUUUGUCCCCCCUUCUUUCUCUUUUUUUAUAAUGUCGCCAUUAAUUAAUUAUUGCACUUUGGUCCUUUUAGCCAUAAUGCCCAUUUGAUGGUGUCCCUUUUCGCUUA